ACUAAUUUUGAACUCUUAACAGGAAGCUUUCAGAGUUAUAUGCAAGAACCAGGUAUUUUUCUUAGAGGGAACGGGAGCUGUAGGUAUUCAUAGCAAAGACUAGCAGAAGAACUGGACAUCUUGAAGGGGGGAAAAGAAAAAGAUGUUGGGGGUAUUUACUUCAGCGGCAGUCUGCAAAUCUCGCCAGAUCAAAACGUUCAUGAACAAUUCUUUAUUUUCCAUACUCUUCUUACAUAGACCAGUACGCUGGAAAGCCAGCAAAUCAAGAUGGAGAGAAUCUCAUGGCACAGUAGCUCCUAUGGUAUUUUGUGCAAGGUCUUCAAUCGGAGUCCUAGUCUUGUCUCACCUUUUGGAAUCAGAAGCUGUCACUUCAUGAGGUGUUUCUGGAGUCUCUCAAUUCAGCACCGGAACAUGGUCACUGAUGUAGCAAGUUCUAUUAAGCAUUCGGAAAAUGGAACAGGUAUUAAUGGUAAUACUACUCCAAAGGUGAAGAGGAAAAAAUUAAAGGGGAAAAGGGCAGUUGUUAGGUGGCUCAAGUUCUUCAGAUGGAAGAAGAUGAAAGAGUAUGAACGGAUGACAGCAGAGGAAAAAUUAUUGUAUAAAUUGAGGAAGGCUGAAAAGAAGGAGUCUAGAAUUGUAGAGGCUCUGAAGAAGAUUGAACCUGCAGAGUCGUUAGAAGCAACCCAUGAUCCAGAAAUUUUGACACCAGAGGAACACUUCUUCUUCUUAAAGAUGGGCCUCAAGAACAAGAAUUAUGUGCCUGUUGGAAGGCGUGGAAUAUUCCAAGGUGUAAUCCUGAACAUGCAUCUACAUUGGAAAAAGCACCAGACUGUAAAGGUGGUCGUCAAAAAUUUCAGUUCUGAGGAAGUCAAGGAGAUUGCAGCAGAGCUGGCAAGAUUGAGUGGAGGAAUUGUCCUUGACAUUCAUGAAGAGAAUACAAUUAUCAUGUACAGAGGGAAGAACUACUCUCAGCCACCAACAGAGAUAAUGUCCCCCAAGAUCACUCUUUCCCGGAAGAAGGCUCUGGAUAAGUCCAAAAACAGGGAUGCCCUUCGAGCUGUACGGAAGUACAUCCCGAGGCUUGAACAGGAGCUUGAGUUGCUUCAAGCAAAAGCAAAAAUGGAGCAUGAAAAUAAAACUGAGCCUGGGAAGGAAGGCGAGGAGACACAGGUUGGCAGCAACAACAAUGGUGGCCUAUAUGACCAGCGGUUGGGGCAUUCAGCUAAGUUGGAAGAGAUACUGUCUGAAAACAAUGAAUCUCCUGAGGAUGAUUCUAUGAGUGAAUCUGGUAUUGGCUCGGAAUCUGAAGCUUUGUCUGAUAUCUUUGAGACAGAUUCUGAUGGAGAUGUGGAGCAAAAGGCAGAACGUUCACUCUAUCUGGACGAAUUUGAAAAGUUUCCGGCAAAAAACAGUGGGGAGCCUGAAGAUUUUGAGGAUCACCUGCGUCAGAUUUCUGCAGACUCAAGGAGGAAAGAUAUGGAACUACCAGACCUUGAUGAGGUUGAUAGGAUGUUCCUGCGUGCAGGAUCACUGUUAAAAAAGAAGUGGAGAUGAGGAAGUGUAUCAUAUUAAAUAUGUGAUUUUGCAAUUUUGAAAACUUAUACUCAUUCCAGCUCUCUUGUGAUUAUAUAUGCAUCAAGUCUAUGCUGUCAAGUUCCUCAACCUCUUAAGGCUAACAAUGACACAAAGUAAUGCCUUACUUUGUUGUAUUCUGGAAUACUUGGCUUCAAACCUGCCUACCAUUGAUUUAUUUAAUUAUUUUUUGGUAUUUUAUGCA